GGUGCAGACCGAGACUGCAGACAUGAAGCAGCACAGAGGGAUUUAUAUGCUUGAAAAGGCUGCAGCAGAACGGAUCACUUAUGAGGUUUGUCACAAAUUGAAUCACUGACAUCCUGAUGUUUACAGUCCAAACAUGUGAACAGACAACAAUCAGUGAAGCUUGGAGACCCUCAGCAUGGGAUCACUGUGGAAAAUUUAUUUUCUUUUCCUUCUUUCAUUUUCUCUCUUACUUCACGCUACUGCUUUCACUGAAGAAAAUACCAAAGAAACACGAGAGACUGACUACUACCAAGCGACACGGUUUCUUACACAACCCACAGAAAAACUUCGGCAAUCAAGUUUGGCACAAGACAGUUUUAUGUUUGGACCUGAAAAUGUUGACUUCCUGAAUCGCCCUUUGAAUUGGCCCUUCUCGUCAUCUGAGGACUUAGACAGACAAGGUGUAAUUGGAGAAUAUAGUGACAUUCAAGGUAUUGAGGCAUCUCCUUCUUAUCCCAAUGAUGAAAGACUCACAUCAAAGCCUUCAGACAUGCUGAAGAAGGACACCACUCUAGUGGAGGAUGUACAGACAUCUGAAUCUUUGUUAGGAAAGGCUCUACAAAAUCCAACAAAGGAAACAUUACAUUUUCUGUCAAAUGAGAGAAGCCAAGUGUCUGCAGAGCAUCCUCCGCAAAUCAGAGAGAAUGAGCAAACAUUGACAACAUUGCAGAAUGAAAUUUCUGAUAUUCAUUUUCCUUUACCUUUUUCUGACUCUCUUCCAUCACCCAUUCCUGAUUGGAACUCAACUUCAUCACCAUUCAUUGGACCAGACAAUAACCCAGACUACCAAACUCCAUCAGCAGCAAAAAACAACGAGGGACGGACUGAAGGCAUUCCAACAUUCAUACAGAAAAAUCAAACUGGGACAAAUUCUAUUGCAGAUACUAUUUCAACCAGAGUAACAAUAAGCACCGAGGGAGCCAUAGAUGACACCCUAAAUGUCCCAAAGGCCACUGGCACACUUUUGCUCGAGGGUGACAUGGAUAUACCCACCACACCCUGUAAAACAUCAGAUCAGUCCUGGACUCCCAGCUCUCCAGAGGAUUUUACACCAAGUGAGCCCUCGCUUCCCUCUCUGGCUCUCAGUCCUGCCCUUCUGGUUCCUCUGUAUUCAGACUGGAAUUCUGCCUUUGCAACAUGGGGCUUUGCAUGGGAAGCACAUAUCUAUGGUCUGGGAUCUGUCUUUACUUUGAUUUGCCUAAUCUCUGUGGUUUGCCUGUUAGGCUUGCCUCUACGGUGCCCCCCUGGAAUUGGACUUUUUAUAAUGCUACACUUCUUCAUUCUGGCAUUUGCAGGCAUCCAAGGCUUCAGUUUGCUGUAUGACGCUUAUAAUUCUCAAUACCGUCUUCCUCCUCUGGUCACUCAAUUACUCUCAGAAUUACCAAUGCCCUGUUUAAUAUCAGCCUUCUCCUUGGCCUUUUUCCUUCUGUCCUUGCACUCACGCAGCUAUCUUUCACUACCAAUUGCUAUUUCUACCUCAUUUUCAGCCUUGCCAAAGCCUUGUCUUUUGCUGUGUAUGUGCCUGUUGCAGUUUAUGAUCUCACUUGGGUGUGUUGGACUCCUCCAAUUAUUUCACAGUGUCCCCACUGUGGUCAUUUUAUUCCCUCAGGGUUUGUUUGUCUUAAUAGCUAUCUUUCUUUCAUUCUCCUACCUCAUCUUUUACUGCUUGAAACAACUAAACACAAAACACAUUUACAGGCUGAGUGAAAAUGGAGAGACUGGCGGAUCACCAGAAAUGAUACGCCCUGUAAUUUGCCCUUUUUCCAAAGUAGAAGACUGGGACAGAGCAGCAGGAGCUGGAAUAGGAAGUUCACUGUGCUUGUUGGGCUGUGGUGGUUUUCAGCUUUAUGGGAUCUUGCAUGCUCUUGGUUUGGGUGGAAUUGAUGGUUUUGGGUUCGAACCCUGGCCUUGGUGGGGCUACCAGAUUGGCUACAGGUUCUGUGAGAUUGGAGUGUGUCUAGGAUUAUGCAUUAUUGGCACACAUCCUCUGUUUUGUAACAACAACCCCUCUUUGAAAACCAUUAAUAGCAGCAGACCAGGAUCCUGGUCCCGUCUAUCCUGCAACUCCCCUUUGCGAGAACACAGGAGACCCUCACAGGAAGAAGUGAGUUCUCCAGUUCUCUCCACUCUUGAGUCCUGGUCCCAGGUUAAACAGGAAAGCUUGAUGGUCUGCAAUAUUGAUGCCAAGAAGCAGUCAGAAGCGCUUCCUCUUUGCUCAGUGGUUGACUGUCCUGAAAAAGAAGUAGACUGUGCAAACAAGCAGAGCGCAAACAAGAGUACUCUGCCUUUACACACACCUCAAAAACCACCCAGCAAACCUAAAAAUGCAGACGAGCUCCAGCUAUCAUCACUUGAUAGCAUAGGUACAGAUAGUGACUCCACUGGGGAUCUCCGACCCCCAUCUCCCAUAGACUUGUCCCGCAGCAUUGACCAGGCUCUCUUUAGUGAGUCCUUAUUUUCUCACAGCAUUUUUAGUCCACAAAGACUAUUCCAUACUUCCUCUAGUUUUUCAUUGAGCUCUCCUGCCCAGGACUCAUUAAACCAGGGGCCCAAAAGUGCUGUAGAUACUCUACACCGGGCCUCAUCUUGUGGAGACGUGGAUCAAGAGAAUGCUAUAUCCAGUUCCAGAGCUUCUCAACCACAUGGGUCUUUGAUGUCUCACAGGAAAGCACUUGCGCCAACGGAUCAGAUAGACUGGAAAGGGAGCAUUACUGGUUCAACCCAAGGUUUGUGCAACUAUCCAAAACAAACAGGAAAGUUGCGUUCAAAUUCAUGGACAAACAGGGGGCAAUGUAUUGCCCAAAGCAACUUUCCAAGGGCAAUACCCUCUCUGUCUUAUCACAGGAAAUACAGAACCCUGAGCUUAGCAUCCCAAGACAGUCAAGGGUCCGGCCGGUUACCAGUGACUAAGCAUUUAAGUGAAAGCAAGCAGCUUGAAUGGGAUAUGGCAGUACAAGCAGAGUUUGUUAAUGUAUGCAAACAAAUUGAUGCCCUGAGUAUGUGCAGUGACACUAUUGAAUUGUAAAAAGAUUUGAAAAUUUAUGCAAGUUAAGAAUUCAAAGUUUAAAAUAAUAAAGAGACUAUCACCUAUAAUGUAGGUAGAAUGUAUGUUAUUAAUUUAAUGCGGCCUAAAAAUUAUCUGUAAAUAUUGUGUAUCUUGCAAAAAUGUUUUUUUUACACUCUUAUUCUUGUACAAUUUAGAAAUCAGUCCACGGCAUCAAACGUUUGCAAGCAGAAUAUCUGCUCGAUGUUUUUUGCUCAGAACAUUAGUUUGGAGUAAACUUACAAAGGUUUCUUACAAUAAAGACUUCAAGCUCAAGUUUUUGUUUAUCAUGUGAAAUUCCUGUUAAAUGGACGAAAAUGGUGAUCUAUCUGCAGUACAGAUCAACUAAGCUUUUUGCACUUUGGGUGGGAUAUUCUGAUAACAACUUGGAUGAAUUAUUGCAAAUACUUAAUUAUUUUUGUUGUCUAAUCCUGAUCAAAGAGACUGUGAAAGACACAAAAAAAUGCAUUCAGUGACCAUUGUCCAGCAAAUGGUGUGAAGUUAAAGAUCUUUGCCCCACAUCUUCAUUUGACAUUUAUUGCUGUUUAAUUUAGAGAUUAAAAUUCAAAUUUAAAAAAAAGAUACAGCAAUUACCCAAUAACUUCAAAAGGUUUCCACUGAGGGAAUGUUUUCUAUGUUCAUUAUGCUCAAUAUAAAUAGCAAAAAUAAACACAGAUUUUUUAUAUAUAUAUAAAGUGUGAAACUACAAAUUUUAAGCAGUGCAAGUGCUGUAGAUCUAACUUUACUACAAGAAAUUUGAAUGUUUUCAUAAUUAACUCGCCAAACCAUUGGUGAGAAAAUAAGACAAUUUCUUAUUGUUAGCAAAUUAUAUGUAUAUAUGUUUUUAUUUCAGCAAGGGAAACAUUUGCAUAGCAAGAAUGUGUUGUUUAAAUGUCAACCCUGAAACAACAGUGGGAAAUGAAAUAAAGGAUGG